AUGGAACAGCUCUUUCCAGAAGAGACGAAGAAACAUGACGAGGCAGAACAGAACGCGACUCGUGAGAUACCGCGACUGCCUCUUGAGAAGCCAGCUACAACGAUCAGGCGUCAAAGGAGCUUUUCACCCUUGUCGGGCGAGUCGACCGUCUCUUCCGGAACGGCGCGCGGACGUCACCUUGAGACAAGAUAUCGGCAGCAAGAUGAUCAAGGAGAGCAGCCGACCGUCCUCGUCCUCCGUAAUGCCAGCAAGAAUCUGCUAGAAGAGGACUUCAGAAGAAUCGUGCCGCAAGGCCAGCAUAUGGAAGGAUGGACGCUAGAGCAAGGUGAUAUUCUUAAGAUCGUACCUGGUCGAAAUCUGGCGACGCUUGAGCAGGAGAACUUCUACUACCUGCUCUUCUCAAACAAGCUCAGCGCCUUCACAUACCAAGGUCACGCGACACGAAUAUCACGCAUGGCAGCCUCUCAAACACCCAGCUCGCUAUCUUCACCUCUUGCGCCACCUCCAGGCUACAUGAUCGACGGCAUAGAUGCCCACGCAGCCAUUGAGUCCUUCUCCCUAGUCCCAGCAUUGCAGCAAAUGGAGCUCCGACAACUCCAACCACCUCUCACGCCAAUGAUGGAAACGAUAGUCCGCCAUCAAGGCUACAAAGCACUAGUCCGCCGACCGGACAAGGUGCCCUUCGAAGUCCGUCUUACAAUGGACGGGCCGCAACUCGGCCGCAGCAGCAUCCGCCGGAUCCUCCUUGCCACUGCCGAAGAUCGUGCCCUAGGCUGGUCAGGUGGCGAUGAGAAGCUGCCCAAGAUCCAGGAAUGGACGCCUGCCAAACAAGCCUCGCCACAUGAUCGCCACGGGACACGAGCUCGUGUUAUGGCGGCCGCUCUGGAACGAACCGAGGAGGAGCAGAUGGAGAUUGAUCUUGCGAAGGAGGCGCGGAAGGCGCGAUCGCAAUCAGCUGGUCAGAGUGUGGAUAUUGGGGCCGAGAGUACGAAGCAAUUGGGGAGACGUACACCGGGGUUGGUGUAUGUUGUCGGGUUUCAUACGGAAAUGGCGGCGCAGCAGUUUGUUAGGUUUUGGCAUCGGAGGCCGUUGUCAUGGAAGCAGGAACAUGCUGCCGAGUGGGAGGACGAUCUACCGCCUGUGGCUAAUGCUGAGAUGCUUUGGUAG